CGAGAGGUGUGGGAAUCUUGGGCAAUCUGCACGGUGACAACGCGUUUUGGAUAUAGUGAGUGUGGUAUAUAUAGAAAUGAUGAAAAGUUGAAACCCUCUUCGGUCCAAUGAUUCUACUCAGCACCUUAUAAUAAUACUACUACUCUUUCACUCUGCUUUCUUACUUCUUCGUCCGGAAGCAUUUGGGCUGCUGCUUCAAUUAUUAUUCUCCCAAGCAACUCAGGUUUUCUAUGCUUCAAUUUCAGUCCUGCUCUCCUUUUUUCUUACUCGGGUCACUCUCAGUUACUUUAAUUCUUAAUGUUUCUUGCUAAUGUCAUGCCUUCCAGUCCAGUUCGUUAUUUUGGUAAUUUUUAGGAGUGUGUGUGUGUGUGUGUAUAUCAGGGUUGCAGCUGGUUUUCUGGGCUUAAAUUGAUUAAUUAGCCUCAGCUGACUUUAAUUACAGGGUGAUCGGACUGAACAUCUGUCGGAUGAUUCAGAUUGUCUAUUUGUUAGAGGUUGAAAGGUUAACGCCUUGAUGAUUUAAGCCAUCCCCAAUUUGGCAAGUGAUAAUUAAUAAACCAGUUCGAUUAAUUCGUUAAGGCCCACUCUAGCAUGGUUCGAAGUCUCGGCCGAGACCGAAACGACUCGUCACUGUCUCGGCCCUUACCGAUACGAUACCGUGGUGAAACGAUACCGAAAUACUUGACUAGCCGAGAAAUCGGCCGAGACGUCACCGCGACGGAUUGACUCGGCCGAGUCACUCCGAGUUAUCCCGAGUCAUGAUGAGAAAUCAGCCGAGUUAUACCGUGACGGAUUGACUUGGCCAUUUCUUUUGCUAUUUUUUAUUAUUUUUGUUUAGCAUAUUUUUUUAUAUUAUUAAUAAUUUUUAGAAUAUUAAAUACUUUAAAAUUUGCGUCUCACCGAGACCGCGACCGAUAUGCCGAAACCGAUGUGGAACGUUCCGGGCCGCGACCGUGACCGCGACCGCGACCACGACUUUGAACCAUGCACUCUAGUGGGUUUUUAAUUUCGGUUUACAUGAUGCAUGCAUAUCAGGUCAUCACCAUUUUUUAUUUUUAGCAGAUUUGGUUUUGAUGUUUUUGUGGGGAAUCAAGUUUAAGAAUUCUAUCAUUCUAUGCACAAUUGUAAUUUGUAUGGCAAACAUGCCCGAGGCAUCUUUGCUGUGUCUUCCGUGUGUGAAUCAGCGGUUUGCUGUCUCGCCGGGGGCCUGCUAUCUAGUUGGAUAUGAUAAAUUUUUUGCCUUGCAGAUGGGCUCUUGUUGUUCUGUGGCAUUGUUCCAUGAGUCUGACUUCAAACUUGUUCCUUUUGAACUUUUCUUUUGUGCCCUUUUUUAGCUUGUUGAGUUAAUUCAAAACUUGGAUUUUCCCAUCCACAAUAACCUUUUCAAUUUCAUUAACUGUUGCCAAGUUUAAGUUUCCCGGAUCAACACCAAAGAGAUGUCUGUGUACCUGUGUCAAUCAAUCUUUUCCACUUUGAAAUUACUAUAAAUGUUGGAUCUUUAUAGCAUGACAGGUCUUGAGUGUUGUCUUCGUAGUAUAAGUUCCUGAUUGCAACUCAUUCAUCCUACGGUGGUAGUGUACAUUGCAUUUCCCGGUUUACCUUUUCAGAAAAAAGUUAUCCUGGUUUAGUUUCUCCAGUUUCCUUAGUCAGUGGAUUAACCAUGUCAUACGCCAUUUACAACUCAUACUUGUAACCAGUUGCAGCUCUAGAAAUAGAAAGAGAGAUUUCAAUCUUUAGAGAUGGAGACUGAUGUUCCAAGCAGUCAUGUACCAGAAGAAAAGCACAAACUAAACAAAACAAUGAAGAGAACACUCAUAAUAUUGAACUGCAUAAUGUUGGGGCUCGGCAACUGUGGUGGUCCUUUGAUUCAGCGUCUCUACUUUCUUAAAGGAGGCAAGAGAAUUUGGUUCUCAUGCUGGUUACUAACUGCUGGUUGGCCAUUUCUUUUGUUUCCACUCCUGAUUUCUUAUGCUUAUCGUAGAAGCAAAGAAGGUCCUGCAACAAAAGUUUGGUCUGUCAAGCCUAGAUUGUUCCUUUGUUGUGCCUUUAUUGGCCUUUUAACAGGGGUGGAUGAUUAUUUGGCUGCUUAUGGCGUUUCGCGCCUUCCUGUCAGUACCUCUGCUCUUAUAAUUGCCACUCAAUUGGCAUUUACUGCCGCAUUUGCCUUCCUCCUGGUUAAGCAAAAGUUUACACCUUUUAUCAUCAAUUCAAUAUUUUUAUUGUCUCUUGGUGCUGUAGUUCAUUCUAGCACCGAUCGUCCUGCUCAUGAUUCCAACGUGCAAUACUACAUUGGUUUCUUUAUGACACUUGGAGCAUCUGCGUUAUACGGAUUUGUUUUGCCGCUGAUGGAGCUAACUUGCAAGAAAGCUAAGCAAGUCAUCACUUAUUCUCUGGUCAUGGAGAUGCAGUUGGUCCUAUCCUUCUUUGCAACUGCAUUCUGCACUGCAAUUACAAGAGAGGCAAGAGAAUUUGAGCUUGGACAAUCAAGAUACUAUGCAACGCUGGUAUCAAACGCAUUUUUGUGGCAAUUCUUCCUCUUGGGGGCCAUUGGAGUCACUUUUCUUGUCUCAGCAUUGCUCUCUGGUAUCGUAAUUGCUACUCUGCUGCCGGUGACAGAGUCCUUAGCGGUAUUGUUCUUCCAUGAAAGAUUCCCAGUUGAAAAAGGAAUUUCUCUUGCUUUGUCUCUUUGGGGUUUCCUCUCUUACUUCUACGGCGAACUCCAAGAGAUCAAGAAAAAGAAGAAGGAAGUAGAAUUAGGGUCCGUUUGUACUUGAAUCAUUGGCGUUAUUAGUGGCAUACCAUACAUGUUUCAGUUGGUGUUUGUGAAUAGGAAGCCUGUGGCUUCUACUCCAGGAAGGGCUGCUUUGAAGGUUAUCUGCUUGAAUUGGGACAUUGUAGCUGUCUUUUGUGCUUACAAUGAAAAAUGAAGAAAUUCAAGCUUCUGUACAAUCACACAAAUAUUUGUUUUUUAUCUAAGUUUUUUAUUACGGCACAA